AAUAUGUAGCUCUGGUUAGCCCUCUCGUAACAAAUGGAUCACCAUGGCCACCAUACAACCUCAAGAUCACCCACCAAAGAAGCGAACCAGGGCCAAGGUUCCCAAGGUCAGAACAGGUUGCAAAACUUGCAGACGUCGCCACUUGAAAUGUGACGAGGGAAAACCUUCCUGUCUUCGUUGCUUGAGGGACAAAUGGACAUGCGAUGGCUAUUCACAGAGUAGCCCCGAGCCGCUUUACGUCAGCGGCACUUCGUCAUAUGAGUUGCCUUUGCAUCCGAAGUCCGAUGAAAUGACCAGCGGGCCCAGUAUAUUAUGCCCAGCUUUGACAGGCGGAGUGUUGGCCAGUAGAGCUGAUAAUGCUCUCUAUUACCAUACGAGAGAAUGGGUGAUCCCUGACCUUGAAAUGAUUGAUGGCUCAAGAGAGUUCUGGCACGAUAUCAUAUUACCACUAUCCUACUCAAACGUUGCCAUUAAACACGCGCUAUGUGCACUGGGGGCUUCUCAUCAGCGGUUCCUCGCAUCAUACCCAGGGAACCUCAACAACUUGAGCCAUUCUAUCGACUACGACUACCAAGCGAAUCUCAAAUACAGCGAAGCUAUUGCUCUAAUGCGUCCAGUCAUGGCAGAGAAUUCUGCCUCCAACAUACAGACCGCAUUACUAUGUUGUACGAUAUUUAUAUGCAUCGAGAACUUACACCGCCGUUACGCAGACUCGGUGCGCCAUCUUCGCGCCGGUUAUCAACUUCUAGAAUCACUACGCGCCGCUCGAUCGCCGGAAACAUCACCGAACGGAACGAGCUGCCCACCAGAAGACCGGAAUGCCGGAGUUUUUAAGACGUUAGCCGCAAUGUUCUCCUCUCUUGGAAAGAGUGUCGGUGCUUUCACAGGAGAUACGGCCUUCUCUAAUAUCACCCAGUGCGCCCCAGAGAUAGAUGUGGGUAAUCCCAAAACGCCCUUCUUGACUAUCACGGAGGCUGAAGUCUCUCUGUCGGCCUUGAACGCAUUCUUCGAUGAAUGCCUCUUUGGCAGUGACACUCUACCCGACAUCGAUCAGAAAGUCGGCUGCAAGAGCCUUGCACAAGCAGCAACCGAAUCGUUCAUCCAUGCCCUGGAUUUAAUAAAACCCCUCUUCCUUUCAUGGACUUCAAGGAUGCAACUCUUUGUCAUGUCUGUCCAGAUAGCUCCAUUUGGAACCCUGGAGAAACGUCGCUUGGCAGUGUUAUCACUAUAUCAGACAACAUGGUCAGCUUUCCUCAACACAGACCCUCACAACACAGGGUUCGCGAAGAGUGACUACGAAAGAAUACUCAGUAAGAUUGAGCAGAUUGUUGCGCUAGAAAACUCUCAAACCCGGCCGAUGUUUGCUUUUGACGGCCAUCUAGUUCGCGAGCUUUCUACAAUUUGCGCUUCAUGCACGGACACCGAGAUUCGGAACAGAUCGAUCAUGAUACUGCGGUCAAUGAACAGACGUGAAGGGGUCUGGGAUAGUUGGGAGGUGGCGAACAUCUACGAGAAAGUCUUCAAAGGACUAGAAGACGGUACCUUGUCAUUCGACAACCUGCCAUGGGGUUUAACACAGCUAUUGAAAGAGCUAUCUAAUUGAAGUUUACUGCAGUUUAAUACACGACAUGAUGAUCUUUGUAUUUUAUUGAAGC